AUGUCCCAAAAUGUCAUCUCACUCCGCUUGCCGGACGCAAUGAAAGAUCGUCUUGACCGGCUUGCCGGUUCGACGAAGCGCUCUCGCUCAUUCUUGGCAACCGAAGCCCUCACAGAAUACCUGGAGCGCCACGAAUGGCAGAUAGCUGCCAUUGAUGAAUCCGUACUCGUCGCCGACAAGGGCGUCUUCACCUCUCACGAAGCGGUCACCGACUGGCUUUCGAGUUGGGGAACGGCGAGCGAACUCAAAGCGCCAAGCCCAGAUAUAGAUAAGAAGCGCCAAUGA